AUGUAUCCUUUUGAUGUCACUUUCAAUUCCUCCCCAAAGCCGUCGUCCACCCAUGCAGAGUUCAACGAAGCGGAUGAAGCUCUAAGACGUUUUUACGAAGAGCAUACUCGCCCAAGCUCUAUACGGUUUCCCCUCUGUAUUGAAAAACCGGUUACUGUCGACGACGAGAAUGUUUGUUCUGGCAAACAUCGGAGUAUACCCGAGCUUUUACCCUCAAUGUGUUCGAAAGCUUCCGUUUCUUCCGAGCCAGUUGCCACUCGGAUUGAUUGCGACACACAGACACACCGUAAUAGCAUGCCAAAAACUCAGAUUAUCCGAUAUGCGGAUCUAGUGGAACAGUGCACAAAGAUGUCAGCUGGUAGAUCGUCAGUGAUAACCACGAACUCACUCAACCUAGCUGGCCGACAUUCAAGAGCUCAGGACACACUACACAAGACUCCGGUGACAGAGCAUGAUAUUUUCAUGCUUGAGAGCACGUCUUCUCCGGACAAAUACCUUCUACCAUGUGACCUACCUAUUCAUGUCAACGUCGGAGAUAACACUGGUAUCCAGUAUGUGAUUGAUGCUUCGGGAGAGUCAGGAUUACCCGGAGCUCCCGGACGACAUGGAGAACCAGGAGUUAGAGGAGUAGACGGUCAACAUUCAACGGAUUAUCCAGAGUCGAGAGACGGUUUACCCGGUGGCCAUGGGACACGAGGUACGGACGGUUUUCCUGGAAGUCGCGGUGGUAAUGGCGCAACCCUUUAUGUUGAUCUCCGUUGGUUAAGGCCGGACGAAAACGGUCAUUCCGAGCAACUCACAUGUAUGGGUCGGAGUAAUGCAGCACUGUUUGUCAACGGUGUACACUGUUUCACGAUCUCAAUCAAUUCAACAUCGAAGUCGGACGAUCAACAAAUAUGCCAACCGCCAAUUUUAAUAUUUGCUCCUGGGGGACCUGGAGGAGAUGGUGGUCAAGGUGGGAAUGGCGGUAUUGGAGGAGAAGGUGGUAAAGGUGUUGCAACUUAUUGUAGCAUGUUACGAACUUCGUUCAUUCAAACAAACUCCCAUCGUCCCUGCACGUAUGUACCUGGUCGCGAGCGGGAAUCGGCUUAUUCCCUCAUCACUGAAGCCGCAAUUGAUUUGUUGCAAGGCUCACGCUAUGGCGGUCAUUCCCAAAGAUAUUCUCGAAAUGAGCGGGCGGGAGUAUUCCGAGAGCCUCCGGUAUCGGAUAACAUCCUAGCUUCCUCCUUCAUUUCAUUUAUGGCGGAUAAACUAGAAGGACCAAAUGCUUUCCUAAAGCGCACAAGGCCUAAAAGUUCUAGUCGUCAGCGCUUCUUCUAUGCUGGGGAUGGAGGCCCUGGUGGUCAGGGUGGAGACGGUGGUCGUGGAGGGGACGCAGGGGAUGGUGGAGAUGGAGGCGUUGUAACAGUCACUGUGGACGAUCCUCGGCUACUCAUGUCCAUUGAGUGCAACGUCUCUGGUGGUCAUCCGGGAUCUGCAGCUGAAGGUGGUGCGGGCGGAAACGGAGGGAUUGGCGGGCGACCUGGAAAAAGUUCGCUAGAGGGAUUGGCGGGCGACCUGGAAAAAGUUGGGGAGAUUUGUCCAGCAAUGGAUCUCGGGAUAUCAGCAAUUUCGAUCGAGUUUCGCAACCCCUUCUCACCACAAGUUCGCUCCCGAUACAUGACUGUCCAGAAUUCCGUCCCCGAAUCACAUUUGGGCACGUACACAUACACGCAUCUUUCGAGCAACACCGGGGAUGUGUGCGAAAACUCUGAAUACAUUGGAUCACUAACGACGUCCGGAUUACAGUCAUCCAAAAAUGAACGAAAUUCAUUGGUGUGCCAGUUCGAUUCAGAGGAGGACGAUUUGUAUGUACCUGUUAGUCAACUCAAGUCCACAACCCAGUUAACUCUCAUUCCUGGUGCUUGGGGUAGAAAUGGCCCUGCGGGUACUGCGGGGGAGCGUGGUGCAGCAGGUUUGAGAGGAAAAAUGGGAACCAUCACUUUUCGUGUGACAAAUUCCGAAUUUGAAUCAGAAUCGAGUCAACGCAGCUCCACAAACAGCUCUGAUUCUCGUUCUGAACAAGAAUUGGAUUCUGAUCGUCAGUAUUAUCUAGGCACGGGAUAUUCUAGUGCCCCGCUGCAGCCGUCCACAUAUCCAACCUACCUGAAGCGAUUCCAAGUGAAAGUUCUAGAUUUUGAUGUGCUUGGAAUGGACGGAGAUGGAUUCCUCAAGCCAAACGAAGAUAUCAGUAUAACCGAUAUUCAGUUAAUAAAUCAGAGUUCUAUGCCACUACCCUCUGGUGCGCGUUUCUCUGAUUCUCGUUCUGAACAAGAAUUGGAUUCUGAUCGUCAGUAUUAUCUAGGCACGGGAUAUUCUAGUGCCCCGCUGCAGCCGUCCACAUAUCCAACCUACCUGAAGCGAUUCCAAGUGAAAGUUCUAGAUUUUGAUGUGCUUGGAAUGGACGGAGAUGGAUUCCUCAAGCCAAACGAAGAUAUCAGUAUAACCGAUAUUCAGUUAAUAAAUCAGAGUUCUAUGCCACUACCCUCUGGUGCGCGUUUGUCAUUCUCCUCAACCGAUACUGUGUUCAUGUUCACAGACCAGUCUGUGCAGCUGACAGCGCUUGCACCGAACGAGCAGGUCACACUGAAAGAAACGUUUUGUGGUCGCAUUCAGCUUGAAGAUUCACCGCAGAAGCCCGGGGAGUUCAACGGAUUGGCAUCCAUUGUGGCUUGUGUCAGCUUGUGUGGAAUAAAAUUUACCCAGGGAUGUCAUGAAAAGAAAAUUCCUGUUCGAUAUCCCCUGAGACUCUGCUCAGUUUCCUCACCAAAGACAACCGCCUUUCGGGAAGAAUUUCAAAUUUCCUUCAAUAUCGAAAAUUUGUCUAGAAAACCCUUCUAUGGCUCUGAUAUGUCAGAUGUUGACGAGAGUAACAGGGUAGACAUUGUUCUACGAGUAUGUCGAGAAAUGCGAGUAGUUCGGUCGAGCUCCGGGGAUUCGAACACCAUGAAAUUGAUAUCACUUUCAGAGCAAAUCUUCGGUCGAUCGUUCAACUCCCCUCCUCAAGUGGACAUUCAUGACUCUGCGAAUUUGAAUUUUGGUGUCAUUCCCGAGGCCACUUUUUUCGAUAAUGGAACAAGCAUACCUGGCAGGCUGGAGGUAACCGUCUGUUGUGAAGUUGAAAAGAAUGUAGGAGUAUUCACUAAACUUCCAUUUCAACUUGAGUUAUAUCUGGCGGGAAAAUUGAUACAAUACGAACAAGGAUGCAUUCGCUGUGUGCACCGGUCCACGAAAGCGGGAACCGCUUUUCCUACGAUGUUCCGUUUCUUGCAGUCUAAGUCGGAAACAAGCCGGCUUAAUCAAAUGGGAAAACAUACUGUUCAUCAUCCACCUGAAUCCGUCUCAUCCAACACUGCUGUCCUCAUAAUUGAUGAAGCAAUGUCGGAAAAAGAAUUUGCCGUUUGGCACAGCUUGUUGCGCUCCGUGGGAUUGGGUAAUUUCCAGAUAUGGGACUCAGAGGAAAAUCAAUCAACACCUAUCAACCUUUCACACCACUGCCGAAACCAAUUGAUAAUUUGUCCAAGGUAUACUCCGCAAAAAGUGGAAUUAAAGGACUUGGUUGAGCAACACACCACUAACACGCCUGCCACUGAAUGCAAACAACGAGAACCUUACGAUGAUUCCGCUCUACUGAUAACCAUUGGUGUUUUUGAUCGGCACAAAUAUCCCGGAUCGGCCUGUGACUCUUGCUCUCCACUAGUUUACCUACUGGGUCCGUUGAGCAAUUUGGAGAAGUGUUGGAGUGACUGUUCGGAAAUGGUCACCCAGAUUUCCAGAUCAGCUAACGCUAGAAAAUUUGAAAUUAUGGGUGAGCAGCAAAAUAUGGGCAAAUGUAGUGGAAACCCGAAGAACUGUGUCGACCAAGAGUAUAGCAGGCAUAUCCAUCCGACAAUCUUCGUUGCGCAAGCAUACGAUGAAUAUGGCCUACCAUUCAUGGAAUGUUGCAGUGGUGAUCAGUUUCGUAAACCAAAAGACUUGAACGGAAAAGGAAGCAUCGACGAAACUAGGAACGUCCAGCCUCUCGAGUUACCGGAGAUUGUUCCGUUACUUUCACCAUGGAGUCAGAUGUUUCUCGUUUUGUUGAGCUUGCUGUCUACACGGAACAGAUCGAGUUUAUUGGCGCAAAGUCCUUCUAAGCCAGUGUUUUGUCUUCCCUGGGGAGAACAGUUGUCAACUUCUUACUUAGCUGCCCUGUCACUUCAACCGUAUCUGGAAAAUGACUUCAUUUCUUGGCCUGAGGAAUGCAAACCAAAAUGCUCACGGUUUGAGAUUCUCUGUGCCGACAUUCGUGAGUCACCAGAACGAUACUUUGAGCAGUUAUCCGUAUCCUGGACUGUACUAAUGAAAUAUCAAAAGCGUUUCGCGCAGCACGGUGAUCAAGGCUUACGGAGACGGGUUGAAACCGUUUACAAACAAACGACUAAGGAGCUGAGAAAUUCACUGAGAAAGGAAGAAUACCAGCGAGCAAAAAAGGAAGCACUCCGUCGACUAAAAUAUCCUAAAUCAUUCCUGAACUUUAAGCAGCUGCUACAUCCUUGUAUUGGGUUUUUCCCCAGCAGAUUAAAUCUUUUUAACUUAUUUGAACAAUUAUCAUCGUAUCAGUUUAACGACGCUGAAAUAUGGCAGCAGUUGUGUAUUAGAGCCUUUAGUCCUACUACACACUGA